GGCUUUUCCUGCACGCCUGUUGCAAGAUGCGACCUGCAUCAUAAUUCGAGGUCACCACACGCGCUUCGAUGUCAUCUACCGCAAGCCACAACUUCCACAACCCUUUCUCCUUAUCCAUCCGAGUCACUUUACAGCUGUUCUGCGCAUGCUCUCACAUCACGUCUCUCGACGUAUCCCUACAGGCACAAAAACAUCAAUUCGAUGUCUAAGAGCGUUCGCUGGCCGACGCAAACGUGCUACACGGGUUGAAAUCGUCAAUCAAGAACUAUGUGAUACUGCGCUGGAUCGACUUCGAUCCACCCUUCCUGCUCCAAACACUUGCGACAUCAUUGACGUUAACCCGGGAAGAGGUCUUUGGUCUCAAAAAAUCCACAACCUACUACAACCUCGACGCCAUGUCCUUGUUGAACCCGACUUCAGCCACUAUUCGCCCUACCUUGCUCCCCUUUUGCAGGAAGAGGAUACGGUAUAUCGACACGUUACCCUUCUUGAAGAUGCCCUCAACCCUAGCAAUAAACUACUGUCCGAUUAUCCGGCUGCCGUCGAUCCACUCCGACCUAAUCAGACCCUGUUACUGACGGUGAAUCUGUCUGGCGCAUAUCUCAAGACGAGUGUCUAUACGGGCUCACCUGCGCGGAGAUUCUUCGCAGAUUUAUACCUGUCGUUGUGGAAGGCACGCACCAACAUUCACCGUUAUGGAUUGGUACGAGUCCUAGCAUGGGUGGCGGAUGACGAGAAAGAUGCAUUCAUUCCGCGGACAGUGAACGCUCGUCGAAAGCAAGCUGUCAUGUUGGAAGCCAGCCAUUCCAUCAAAGAAAUUGCCGGGGCUUCGGCGAAUACGAGAGCUAGUUUCUUCCGGAAGUGGCGUGAGAUGGAAGUUGAGGAUCGAGCUCGUGUUGCAGCCUUAGAACAAGCCGCAGGAAUCGAAAUUUCCACGACUAGAACAGAUCAGCUUCCCCCACCAGAUCUUCUAAGUAUCGACCCCACGGCAGCGGCUAUUCGAAAAGGGAACUUUGUCUCUGAUGCCGAAUGGGUCUCAAGCUUCCUCGAGUUGGAUGAGCACUUGCGAAAGGUAUACCCGACAUAUUACGCAAAGCACUCUAAGACGAAUUUUCGAAGGCUACAUCUCCUCGUCCCCCAGCAACGGAAAUGGCGAACGUUGCUUACACAAGCUAGAACUCAGCACAAUACUCACAUGAGAGCUGUCGAGCUUGUUAAAGAUCAAAGACUUCUCGAAUUGAGUUGGAAGAGGUUCAUGGUAGCCGCCGAAGGUCAUUGUGUCAAUCGCGAUGAAGAGGGACAACUACAAGAGCGUGCAGAGGCUCUCAAGGCAAGCAUCCUCAAGCUCAAUAGAACGGACAGGCUCUUUGCGGAGAAAGCUAUUGACGAUUAUCGAGCACUGGACAUGUCUCCACCGGUCCUGUCCUGGAACAGCCGUGAAGCAGAACCGGUUCUUGUUCAUGGCGAGGACUUUACGCCCGUUGAUGAGCGGUUGGCGCUGCUGGACGUGAUGCCUCGACCCGACUUUCUCGCCAAGAUCAAUACGAAUGAUAAGAUGGUCUACUUCGGUCAUGUUUUGAGAGAUCUCUUCUUGGCGCCGUCCAGAAGUGUCUAUGAUGCAUUGAAGAUGCUGGUGCACGAAGGUGCGGAUGACUUUAUCAAGACCAUUCCCCGGAUACGUGACCCUACCAAGGGCGGCUGGUACGAUCUAUCUGCUCUGCGAGUGCGGUCUCUACCCACAGAAAUGGUCAUUGAGAUUGCGUUGGCAUAUGCGAAAUGGCCCUUCCGCCGGUCUAUAGAGAGCAUUCUCAUGUGGGGCGAGGAUCCGCAGGCAGCGUAUGCACUUGGUGACAACGAGUGACGGUGGAUUAAUUGUACAUUUCAAGUAAAAUAUCAUUCA